AUGUCGACCACCGUCGCGUCCUCAUCCAGCGGCAACAAGAUGCAGAUGGAGGUGAACCCGCGGGGCAUCCCCAGAGCUCCAUUCGUCGCGAACGUCGAUGAUUUCGUCAGUGGCCAGAACGGGUCUGCGGAGGGUAUCAUCAAGUCCUUCCAGGAGACUUCUGCUAAAUACCGGUAUAUGGAAGUCUCGCUACAACAGCGUAAAAAGGCCCUCUCUACUAAAAUACCCGAUAUCGAGCAGACACUCAGCGUCGUGCUGUUUCUUCAGCGCAGACGACAAAAGGCGCUCGGUCAGCCGAUCACUGAGGAGGAAGGGGGUGAUGAGGACGGAGAUGAUCUGGAUGAUUUGGAGGAUGACGACGCAGGGGACAAGGAGGGGAAGGAGGAACCGCUCAAGACGCUGUUUGAGCUGAAUGAUACCCUGUAUGCCGAGGCGGAGGUGAUAGAGACGGGAGAAGUGGGGAUAUGGCUCGGCGCAAGUACAAUGCUGCUCUACCCAUUACAAGAAGCCGCCGACCUUUUAUCGAGCAAGCUCGGCGCAGCCAAGAAAUCAUUAGGCGAGACGAUAGAGGAUCUCGAGUGGCUGAGGGAGCAAGUGACGGUCAUGGAAGUCAACUUUGCCCGGGUGCACAAUUGGGAUGUCAAACGGAGACGCGAUCAAAAGAACUCGGGCGCGGGCGCUAUCGCCGCAGCUGCCAGUAAAGGGGACGAGGAGGAGGAGGACGAAGAGGACGACGAAUGA